CACACACAGAAAGCGAAGCUUCUCUUUCUAUCAUUAUUACUACUCAUCUUCUUUGGCUCACUUUUCUCACACUACCUCUCUUCUCUUAUUGACUCUCUUUCUGUCUCUUUUUCUUACAAAAACACACUUUCAUACAAACAAGGACACAGACACAAAACAAAAGGUGAAAAAUGGAGUUUGAUCUUGAAAACCCUUUGACAAGCUUGAAAGAAUACUUAUCUGAUACAAUCCCAGAUCUCUUUGUUUCUGAAUCUGAUCACAUGCCUUCAAGAAAUUUCCUACACUGCUUGAAAACCUCUGACUUCUACGUUUCCUUUCGUGAAGAAGCCAUUUCUCGCAUUUUACAGGCACAAUAUUCUUGCAACUAUGACCUCUUCAUUCCCUACCUUGCAGUAAAUUACAUGGAUCGAUUCAUUUCCAGGCAAGAAAUUCCGCAAGGGAAGCCAUGGAUUAUUAGACUUCUAGUAAUCUCUUGCCUUUCUCUAGCUGCAAAGAUGAAGAAUAAACACUUCUCCAUCUCCAAUUCUCAGGAAGCGGAAGCUGGUUUCAUCUUUGACACUCAAACAAUUAAUCGCAUGGAACUUCUGGUACUUGAUGCCUUGAACUGGAGAAUGAGAUCGAUUACACCUUUCUCUUUUGUGCAUUUCUUUAUUUCUUUAUUUGAACUCAAAGAUCCAUCAUCCUCACAACCUCUCAAAGACAGAGCUACAGAGAUUAUUUUUAAAGCUCAAAAUGAAAUUAAGUUUCUUGAGUUCAAGCCAUCUAUUAUUGCAGCAUCAGCCCUUCUUGUAGCAUCCAAUGAACGAUUCCCAUUGCAAUUCCCUUGUUUCAAGUGCUCAAUCUACUCUUGUGAAUUUGUAAAUGAAGAGAAGCUGCUAGAAUGCUUUAAUGCACUGCAAGAAAUGGUGGAGAUGGAAUGGUACGAGUCAAUGUUAGAUACAAUGUCCUGUACAAGAACCCCAUUGAGCGUGCUAGACAGGCAUUUUACAAAAUCAGAAAGUGAGACCGCAAGCAUCAUCACCAACACCACCACCAUCACUAAUGGCAGUACAGUGCCGGAGAUCAAGCGGCGAAAAUUGAAUGGCUACAGCAGCACAUGAUGGCAAUAUUUUGUUCAGUUUUUCUCAGUUCUGAUAUUAUUGGGACUCUGCAAUUGGUCAAUAUCUUAGCAUCAUCAAUGUCACCACCAUAAUAGAAACCCAAAAAAAGAUAAAAGCCAAGAGAAAAGAAAAGAAAGAGCUAUGAUUUCGAGCUAUAGAAAUUUAUUGCAAGCUCAGUUGGUUGUGUUCCUAAAGAAGAAGAAGAAAUUCAUUACUUGCAAUGAGACCAUCUAAAUUUUAUUUUUUUUGUUUUCUAUAGAAUUUUGGGAUGGAAUGAGAAGGGUAUUAAUGGAAUGGGACCAU